AUGUCUUGUAUCUUUGCAUUUUUGGGGCAAGCAGGAAAUCAAAUUGGACAUGAAUUUAUGAAAUUACUGAACGGAGAAAAAACAGCAAGAAAAUCUAAGGGAUUUUUUGAUACCUAUUUCAAUACAGCAAGCUCCAAGGCUCAUGUAGUGAUGGUUGAUGCAGAGCCCAAAGUGAUCAAAGCCUCAUUGGACGACGAACGACAAUCGAAAUUAUCAUUGUAUGACCCUCGGAAUGUUGUAUACUCGGAGAGUGGUUGCGGAAAUAAUUGGGCACUUGGAUACAACUUUAAAGGCAAAGUCAAAAACUUGACGAGCAAUAUUUCUCUCACGGAAAGCAAUACGCUUGUUGAUGAAACGAUGGAACGAAUCAGAAGAGAAGUUGAAAGUUGUGACGUUGUGCAAGCAAUCUUUGUAUUUCAUUCUAUGGGAGGAGGAACAGGAAGUGGACUUGGUAGUCGAGUCGUUGAAGAAAUUAGGAUCAAAUACCCGUCUUACUAUAUCUUCACCAUUUCAAUAGCUCCAUUUCAACAUGGAGAAACUCCUCUUCAACACUAUAACUGUCUACUCACCCUUAAUCACAUCCAGCAAUACGCUGACGGGGUUUUCUUGUUUGUGAAUGACGAUUUACUUCGUUCCAUUACAAAGAAUAUGAAAAGACAAAAUGCUGGUCAUUCGACUCUAAUGGAUGUUUCUUACUCGGUCUCUGAUAUCAAUAAGUACAUUUCAUCGAGCUUAUGCGGAUUGCUUCUUCCUGUCUACUCGAAGGAAACAAAACUGUAUACUCCAUUCGAUGCCUUCUCUCUUGUGAAUCAAGUGGUUCCAAUGAAAGAUGUAAAUUUUGUUGAAUUGCAUACGAGUGCGUUAUUGACCCAUAACGCAACACAGUUCACUUCAUGGCAAUACAUUGCCGAGGAUUUAACGAGACAUGUACCAAUCUAUGAUCUUGAAAAUAGCAAUAUCAAAACCAUCUAUGCCAAAGCCGUGGUGAGGGGCGGACUACAAACCUCACAUGAUGUGGACAUUAUCAAAAACGUUUUGCAAAAACAGGCCUUUUCCCCAGUAGAUUGGACUAAGGGAAGAAAAGAGGAGUUUCAUACAUUGGUUUCAAGUGAUGAAGCUCUCAAAAGUUACAAACUUCCCUAUUCUCUAACUGUGUGUGCAAACAGAACAAGUUUCAUGCAGCUCUUCAAUCGAGUUCUCACAAAAUCUUACACCAUGAUGCAAUCUAGAGCGUACAUCAACUGGUAUCAAAGACAUGGUCUCGAAAUAACAGACUUUGAAGAGGCGAUCUGCAACUUGCAAAAUGUUGUUGACAAUUAUGUUGAGCUCAUAUGA